CCUGCUUUGACAUUUGACAAGCUCAGAUCAUUGAAAAAAGAUUGCCGCAUUCGGCAUGUGUGUUUUAGAAGUUUAGAAUUUUGCUAAAAUUUUGUAAUAAUGAACGUGCUGAACAGAGUUUUGGUUGCCUCAAAGCAAGUGGGAAACAUAUAUAAUGUUGUUCGGACCAGUAUACUUCAUUAUAAUGGAAGCCUGCUUUCGAGUGCGACUCCGGCCUCCAUACAAAUGGCCAAAAGCUUCUCCGUUUCGAGCAACCGUUUCGAUUUGAUGGAUUUCUUCGACGACAAGAAAAACUGGGGCGAAAAUGAAGUUAAACAUGGUCGGGCGUGGAAUAAAGACGAGCUGCGAAUCAAGUCGAAUGUGGAUUUGCAUAAACUUUGGUUCGUGCUUCUGAAGGAACGGAACAUGCUGAUGACCAUGGAACAUGAAUGCGAGGAAAAGAUGGAACUAUUUCCCAGUCCCGAGCGGCUUGAUAAGGUAAAAUGGUAAUAGGUGCUUUCAGGG